AUGCCCCUUCUCUCUAAAAGAAAAAGAAAAGCUAGAAAUCGCAGUAGAAAUGUUAAAGGACAGUACAACGGCGAAGAUGAUGUGUUAGAUGAAUUGAGUGAAUUAUAUAAUAGGAAUGAUGAUGAUGUUAGCAAUAGAAGCAAGGAUUUGAAUGUUGAUGAUUUAGAUGGAUGGGAUGAUACUAAGAAUAUUGAAACUGUUCAAGAAUUUAACUUAGUAUGGAAAAAUGACAAUCAAUUAGAAAAAAUCAAACGAGGCCUAUAUAUGAAAGGCAAGACACCAAAGUCAACUUAUUAUGAUAAAUAUGGACUGAAUAGAACUUAUACUAAAGCAGCAGUUGGUACCAAAAAAAUUACCAGCUUUUUUAAUAAUACUAAAUCUAAUGAAUUAGAAGCGUCAAGCGAUUUAGAAUUAUGUGCCUCAAGCAAUUCAGAAAGUGAAGUUGACUUAUAUGCCUGUAAAGCAAAAGAUUUAAAAAAACAGUUAGAACAAGACCAUAAUAAAUUAAUAGUUAAAGAAUAUAACUAUAAAAGGGCCAUUUUUGAAUAUCUUAGUUUGCUAAGUAAUAACAAUGGACGUGGCAAAAUUAAAGCUAGUUUGGAGGUUGCGCAAAAGAUAUUUAUCGAUGGUGGUGUAUGGAAAGCACGAAAAAUACAAUACCUUACAAAAUAUUGGUUACUUAAUGAUAAACUUCCACCGUCUAGACAUGGAAAACACCAAAAAACAAUUAGAAUAAUUGACGAUGAAGAUAUUAAAGAUAAAUGCCAUACUUGGAUUAGAAGUCAAAAUUUUAAAGUUAAUCUUGCUGGACUUAAAAAAUUUAUCGAAGAGGA